AAACUACAGACUCUUGAUAUGGGUGAUCCAACUCCUCUUCUGAGCCAACCCAAUAACACCAGUGACACAAAAACAUCACCAAAUAAACACCUUCAUUCUCUUGGCUUCACAAUAGAAAAGUGCAUAGGUGAACUCAAUUGGAGUCAAUUCUUUCAAGCUCUUCUUAUAUCCUUUGCUUGGAUCUUUGAUGCCCAACAAACAUUCAUCACUGUUUUCACCGAUGAAGUUCCAUCAUGGCACUGCACCGGUGAAAACAUUGACAUUUUGAAUGGCUGCUACUCGACACCAUCAUUUAAUGAUGUGUGUAAGUUUCCCAAAGGCUCAUGGGCUUGGGAUGGGCCACCACAGGCCUCCAUCAUAUCUGAAUGGGCCAUGCAGUGUGAGAGCUCUAUCAUCACAGGUCUUCCAGCUUCCAUGUUCUUCAUGGGUUGCUUAGUUGGUGGGCUUUUCUUGUCCACACUUGCAGACUCUUCAUCACUUGGUCGCAAGAACAUGCUCUUCUUCUCAACUCUCUUGAUGGCUCUUUCCUCAUUCUUCACCACCUUUUCUCCCAACAUUUGGAUCUUCUCAUUGCUGAAAUUCUUAUCUGGAUUCGGCCGCGCUACCAUCGGCACUUCAUCGCUUGUUCUAGCUUCUGAGCUCGUUGGAAAGCGAUGGCGAGGUAAGAUUAGUGUCAUUGGCUUCUUUUGUUUCACUAUAGGUUUCUUGUCCCUUCCAGCUAUGGCUUAUGCAAACAAAACUUCCUCAUGGAGAAACCUUUACUUGUGGACAUCAAUUCCUACAAUUUUCUAUUGCAUGUUGGUGAAAAUUUUCGUUCAAGAAUCACCUAGAUGGCUUCUAUUGAAAGGAAAAGAAGAAGAAGCAAUAGCUACACUAAAAUACAUCACUUCAAUCACUCAAAGUAACCUAAAUUUAUCCAUCAACAACAUGUCUUCACAUGAGGAAGAAAAUAAUUUAAAUGUUGAUUUGUUUUAUGCCCUCAAACUUUUGUUGCAAAAGAAAUGGUCCUCAAGGAGACUAUUAUUGAUUAUGGCAUUAGGUUUUGGAAUUGGAGUUGUCUAUUAUGGUAUGCCACUAGGGCUUGGAAACUUGUCCUUUAAUCUUUACCUAAGUGUCACUUUUAAUGCCUUAAGUGAGAUACCAUCUUCAUUGGUCACAUUUUUCUUCAUAGACAAGUUUAAAAGGAGAAUUGCAUUGUUUGUGUUUUGUAUCAUAAGUGGUGUUUUAAGUAUAAUGUCCACUAUUGAAGGGGAACUAUGGAGCAAGAUGCAAAUAGGGUUUGAGUUGAUAUCUUUUUUUAGUGCUUGCACUUCAUUUAGUAUUUACUUAAUAUACACAACUGAAUUGUUUCCAACUUGUGUGAGGAAUUCAGCUUUGUCUAUGGCUAGGCUUGCUGUGGUGUUUGGUGGAGCUUUUAGUCCAUUGUUGGUGGGUGCUGGUAGAGGAAAUAAGUUUCUUUGUUAUGGGGUUUUUGGGUUGGCUAUUGGUUUUAGUGGAGUAUUUGGAGUGUUCUUACCUGAGACAAAAGGGAGAGUACUUUGUGAUACAAUGGAUGAAGAAGAAAACAAAGAUAAAAUUUCUUGUGAGAUAUUAGUUUGAGCUUAGCCAAAUCCAUGAAGUUUUGUGUAAGUUAUUCACGUAUUUGU